CCCCCCCUCCCCUCGAUCUCGUGGCUGGAGUCUCUCCGACACAUUACUCUCUCUUGGACGUCACGAUCCCCGGAGGAUUCUGUCCUUUUAAUUAAGUCCCACAGUCGCCCUACUACGCCUCCCGGCAAACCACAACACUGUCUUUCGCUGAAACCCACACAAUGUCGACUCCAGCCACAUUGUCCUCAUCAUCUUCUUACACGGGUCAUCUUACCAAUGGUGACCCACGCCUCGCCAAGGCCUCGUACAAGCCGACUCACCCCGGCUCGUUUGAGGUCACAUUCCGCGAGGGCGAGUACAACAGCUGCCUUGUUGCGCUCAAGAGCUUUCCUAAGGGCUCCGUCAUUGCCAUGAUGUCGCACGCCACUCCCUCCAAGACGAUCCGAUACUCGACCGUCCAGGUCUCGGAGACGGAGCACAUCGAACUCAACAGCGACCUCCUCUACUGCAACCACUCGUGUUCGCCCUCUGUGCACUUCAACGUCUCUGGCCCGGCCAACACGUGGAGGGCCGAGGCGCUGCGAGACAUCCACGAGGGCGACGUCCUCGAGUUCUUCUAUCCAUCGACGGAGUGGGACAUGUCGCAGCCCUUUGCCUGCAGCUGCGGCGCCAAGAACUGCCUCUCGAGCAUUUCGGGCGCCAAGCACAUCCCUAGCGACGUCUUGGCUAGCUACGUCGUCAAUGACCACAUCAAAAGGCUCAAGGCAGAGCAAGGCCAAGCGCAGCCUUGAGGUGCAUGUCAGGAAAUGCCCAAUAACAAAAAAUAAAAAGGGAUAAGGAGGAGGAUCAAAGCGACCUUCGUCUCCCAAGCCUCUUCUCAACAUGUUUGUUCUCAUCAAGCAAAAGGAAUUGAGCAGGAAGCAAUGGCUCGCUUCCGGAAAUUUGCCGGCUCUUG